CCUAAAUGUAUUUCUAGACUAAAUGUUGCAGCUUAUCGCCCAUGAGAAUGGAUUCGUAUCCUUUUGAUUCCGUUAGAAUGAGAUGUUCGAGCUAGAGGUUGACAGCCCGAGGCGGUAACUGGUACCCGCAAGCGCUGAUGUUAAAGAUGUACAAACAUUAAAUAUAAAUAGUGACACGAAUAUAUACACAGUUAAUAACAUACAUGAAGUACCAGUACCGAAACGAAUAUGUGGUUAGCUGACAUGUAAAAUACCUAUCCAGGCCUGGUAAGAUCUGGCAUGCGUCAGCAACACCCAAGCAGGGGAACGCGCCCAGUACUGUAUGUCAUAUCCCACGUCUUACCGAUGUACUGAGCCCGGUCUUCGUCUUCUCCCGGAUAAAACAAAAAUGGAUACAUCACAUCGACAAUAAAAUACACGCUCUUUUUGAAUGAUAUAUUGUGAAUAAAAGUGCGUGUGGUUACAAUGCAUGCGGACGAAAUAUGGGGUCUUUCCCAUGACCAAGGGGACCAUGUCAAUGGAGGAGACAGCAGAUACCUUCGCCAUCCUGUUCAGUGAAAUGAUGUGAACACCUGUGAGGCUGUUCUCCAGUCUUUACUAACCCAAUGGAGAAACUCCAUUAAAACAGCUUUUUAGUCCAGGACUCGGCUUAAUCUGUGUCCGGGAAACCAGCCCUAUGUGUAUGAUGAAUGUGACCAGUCUGCCAUCAGUCUGCCACCACCACACCUACAACAGCAGCCUGGGCCCGAGGUCCUCCUCCUCUUCCUCCCCUGGCUGGGCCCUGAUCCACACGGCUACCCUCACUUCCUGCACCCUCCUCCUCAUCCUCAUAUUCUUUUUGGGUUCUUACGGCAACCUGGUGGUGUUCCUCUCCUUCUUCCACCCGGCCUUCCGCAAGUUCCGCACCAACUUCGACUUCAUGAUCCUGAACUUAUCAUUCUGUGAUAUGAUUAUAUGUUGCGUGACUGCGCCGAUGUUCGCAUUGGUGCUUUUCCUGGACUCAGGAGGAGGGGGUGGCGUGUCAAAGACUUUUUGCUUCACCUUCCACCUGACCAGCUCUGCCUUCAUCAUCAUGUCUCUGGAGACGGUAGCUGUGAUCGCCCUCCAUCGGCUCCGUAUGGUCCUGGGCCAGCAGCCCAACCGCAUGGCCUCGCUCCCCUGUACUCUGGCUCUCACCGCCCUCCUCUGGACCUCUAGCUUUACUAUGGCUGCCCUGCUCACCCUGCGAGCCUACCCCAUGAAGGAGGGACCCUGCCUGCCUCACUUCGGCCUAACGGGUGGGCCUGCAAGGGUGGUUCUAUAUGUCUACCUGGCAGACUUUGCCUUCUGCGUGGCGGUGGUGUCUGUCUGCUACCUGAUGAUCGCUCAGACGCUGAGGAAGAACGCACAGGUGAGGAAGUGCCGCGUCAUCACUGUAGACGCCACACGCCCGCCGCUACCACAACCCCCUCCCCCGCUCAUGGCGGCCGGCUUAGAGAGCAUGCAGUGUGCCGUCCAGGUUCCUUCACUCUACCGCAACCAGACCUACAACAAGCUCCAACACAUUCAGACUCACUCCUACACUAACAGACCCACCAGCCAGGGUCUAGUACCCGGGGCUGCUCAGGGAGCUACCUGCUGCCAGCUUGUCUCUACCGUCAACCUGGCCACAGUUAAAGACUCCAAGGCUGUAGUAACCUGUGUGGUGAUUGUAUUCUCUGUCCUUCUCUGUUGUCUCCCCAUGGGCGUCUCCUUAGCCCAGGACGUCCUCUCUCCAGAGAGCAGCUUCGCUCACUACCAGUUCGAACUGUGCGGUUUCGCGCUCAUCUUCCUCAAGUCGUGCAUCAACCCAUUCGUGUACUCUCGCAACAGCGCCGGGCUCCGCCGACGCGUCCUCUGCUGCCUCCAAUGGGUGGCACUUGUGUUCCUCUGCUGCAAGCACAAGACACGGCUCCAUGCCAUGGGGAAAGGCAGUCUCGAGGUCAACCGUAACAAGUCCUCGCACCACGAGACCAACUCUGCCUAUGUCCUCUCACCCAAACCACAAAGGAGACUGGUGGAUCAAGCCUGUGGACCCAGUCACUCCCGGGACUGUGCCCCCAGUCCGAGAGCUACGGGCGGGCAUGGUGGGCGUAAGCCCCGGCCCCCUAGUACCUCCACYCCCAUCAACACCCGUAUCGAGCCCUACUACAGUAUCUACAACAGCAGCCCCUCUGCAGGACCUGGCUCCCCUACCAACAGUCUGCAGCCUGCUGCCAACUCCUCCUCCUCCCAGGCCUUUGGGUUCAACAAGUCCUACGUUGCCAUGCACUAUCACAUCCACCAGGAGGUGCUGCAGGACGUUGAGAGUACCUCAGCCCAUAAGAUACCCAUACCUUCAGUCUGACUAACCACCAUGAUUGAUUGAUUGGAUCCCUUCAGUCUAAACUGAUGAAUAACCUUGGCUUAAACCUGAAGACUUGUGUUGGCUCGCCAAUCUAAUGCCAAUAGGCUUUAGUUCAGUGGGCUAACAUAGUCUUGUGGUUCUGCCGGACUUUGAGAGCACCUCGGUGUAUCAGAUCUCCAUACCUUCAGUUUAACUUACCACAAUGAUUUAUACAUGAAUUGAUUUGUUUAUUGAUCAGAUACUGUACUUUGAGUGUAACCUAGCCACCAUGCUGAAACUGGAGAGGGAUUGGGCAUAUAGUUCAGGGAUGCUAACAGUUACUAUAAUAUUAUAUGACUAUUACCACAAGACACCAGAGAGUAAACGGUACUAAUUGUCUGAAUAUCAUGUGGUAGUGAACUGUUAGAGGUAAAGAAUAACCCCCAUUGACUUGAGAAUAUAAAAUGGAAGAUCUCUUAGUCCAGAGUGAGAGAAACAGUACUGAUCCCAUAUUGUUAUUGAUGUUACUGAAAUAAGUGGAAUCAAUUUUUACACUGACAUGACAUUUUUCAUAUUGUACAAUUUAGAUGGUCUUUCUCGUCAUAAUAAUACUGUAUUUGUGAGUCUCAUACAUGUUCUAUGAUAUCAGUAAAUGUUUUGCAAGUGCAAUGUGUCCAGUGCGCUCCUGGCAAAGAAAAUAUCUAAAUUGAAGAUCCAGAAAGGUAAACACCUCUUAUGGUCAACUCCUAUCAACCUGCAACUCACUGUCCAAGCUUUUGUCAUGUCACACAGUGAUGUCCAGUACAGUGGUUCUCAACCCCCAGACGUUUCACCAUGUUGUUGAACUAACUCACCUAGUCGACAAGUUCAAUCAGGUGAGCUAGCUGUGGAAUAGUUCAAAUACAUGGAAUGUAUGGGGUUACUGAGAAGUUUGAGAACCCUGAUCUAUUGUGAUCAGACAGAAGUCACUUUUUUUUUUUAGAGAAGAGCAUCAGUUGGCCUUUUACUAAAUGUAUAAUGGUUGAGAGCUGAGGGCCAUUCAAGUUAUCACAUUGUGGCUAGCUAUCCAAGACAAUGGGGUAUGACUAGAAUUCCUUUUAACCUAAUUUUGUUCAGAUAGUUGUAUUUAUUUUUUCAGUGUAUCCCUCAUUUAAACCACAGAACACACCAGAUUUAGAAAUCCACAGAAAUGACAUCUGAUUCAGUGCAUAACCAAUGUUAAUCAUCAGUGCUCGUC